UGCAGAGCUACAGAUAAGAACUUAAGAAAGUCAAAAGGAAGUGUUAUGUUGCAUUUAAACUGUCAAAGCAUACGAUAAAGAGUUUGGCUUCUUUCCAAAUGAAAAUUAGUAACUGUUUGCUCUCUGUUCCUUCACCGUCUGUUUAACUUCCAGUACACUUAUUUAUCAUACGCGCGUUCAGCUUGUGCGCUCAAAAUACAAUAUUUCACUUAUUAAUAGCAAAGUGUGAGCACUUUCAUGUACUUGGCAUUCACAUCUCGGCAUACAGAUGCUUAUAUUGUGGUGACGCGCACUAAAUGGAUUUGGAUUAGCGCUGAUGUCACAGUGUGUAACCCCUUUGAAGACUGUGUGAUUUCACCUGGAUUCCUGUCUCGUCCAGUUCUACAGGUUUUAUCUAGUAAAACAGCCAGUGCUAAUCUGAUCGGGCAAAUCCAUCUCUAUAUCGAUCUACAGACCUGCGAGAUUUGCCACUUCGUGGCUGUUGCUUAAAACAUAGUAAGCUUCCUACCUAGACAACACUUACAAUACUCAUGGGCGUCACAGGUGCGUAUUUUUUGCGCAUUGUAAGGCGCUCAAUCAGAACUCCAAAGAAUGCGCAAAACCAACGCGCUUAUGAUGUUCGAAAAUGCUGUCUAGAUAGUUUACGCGGUUUUGAGACAGCCAAUAUUUCAACAGUUGGUUUCAGCCACUCACUAAAUGAACAACAAGCCAACUUUCACUUUGCUCGGAUAAUAUAGAUUUCCUGCCAUCUAUAAUUAGUUUCCCCACCACUGUAAUCGAUUUUCAAAUUAAAUCUGGCACUUUGUAAACAUGGUGUCUUCUUAGUUAGGCGACUGCGAACUUCUCUUGAACUUCUCAUGAGAUUGAGCUUUGGAUGACAAACCAUUUAAAGGAAACCAAGCAGCCCAGAGAGGAUACAUUAUGGCAUUAUAUGGCAGACGGAGUCGGUCCAAGUUAAUUCUGUGCAUUCUCGGAGCUUUUGUUGCGGGAUAUUUAAUAUUUCCUAAGGACGUUCAGACUCCAAGCGAUGUCGGGUUGGCGAAUCGAAGAGAAGUGCCAGUCGUGGAGCGCAGUAAUGUGGACGUUGAGUUUUUAAAGAGACCUGUUUAUGAGAAGCCUCCUCUGGAUAUUAAUGCAUUGGGGGAGAUGGGCAGAGCUGUCAUACUGGACCUGAAAGAUGAAGAGAAGCAAGAGCAGGAAGAGAGUAUCAAAAAACAUCAAAUAAACACUUAUGUCAGCGAUAAAAUAUCACUACACCGCCGACUGCCUGAAAGAUGGAACCCAUUAUGUAAAACCCUGAAAUAUGACUACCUGAGCUUGCCCUCAACCUCAGUAGUGAUAGCCUUCUACAAUGAAGCCUGGUCUACACUGCUGCGGACAGUGCACAGUGUCCUGGAGACCUCGCCUGACCUGCUGCUCACUGAAGUGAUACUGGUGGAUGACUACAGUGACAGAGAUCAUUUAAAGGAGCCUCUUGAGAACUACAUUGCCAAUCUCAAAAAGGUGCGUCUUAUCCGAGCGAGAAAGAGAGAGGGUUUAGUGAGGGCACGGCUCCUGGGGGCAUCCAUUGCUACAGGGGAAGUGCUGACCUUCCUGGACUGCCACUGUGAGUGCCAUGAGGGCUGGUUAGAGCCAUUACUCCAGAGAAUAAAGGAGGAGCCAUCUGCUGUGGUUUGUCCAGUUAUAGACGUUAUUGACUGGAACACCUUUCAAUACCUGGGCAACCCUGGAGAACCUCAGAUCGGAGGAUUUGAUUGGCGAUUGGUGUUUACGUGGCACACUGUCCCAGAACAUGAGCAGAAACGCAGAAGUUCCUCCACUGAUGUUAUUAGGUCUCCUACAAUGGCUGGCGGUUUAUUUGCAAUCAAUAAGAAGUACUUCCAUUACCUGGGCACAUAUGACACAGGAAUGGAGGUUUGGGGUGGAGAGAACCUGGAGUUUUCAUUCAGAAUCUGGCAGUGUGGAGGGAGUCUGGAGGUUCACCCUUGCUCGCACGUUGGCCACGUCUUCCCGAAGAAAGCACCAUACUCGAGAAGCAAGGCCUUGGCCAACAGCGUGCGGGCGGCAGAAGUCUGGAUGGAUGUAUACAAAGACAUGUAUUACCAUCGAAACCCGCAUGCCCGUCUGGAGGCAUAUGGCGAUGUGACAGACAGACGGAAACUCAGAAUGCGUCUUGGCUGUAAAGACUUUAAGUGGUUCUUGGAUAACAUCUACCCUGAAAUUCAAGUCCCAGAAGACAGGCCUGGCAUGUUUGGGAUGCUGAAGAAUAAAGGAAUGGCCAACCACUGCUUUGACUACAACCCACCUGAUGAUCAUAAUAUGGCUGGUCACAGGGUCAUUCUUUACCCAUGUCAUGGCAUGGGUCAAAACCAGUUUUUUGAGUACUCCACACUCCAAGAGAUCCGUUACAACACAAGGGAUCCUGCAGGCUGUAUCGUAGCUGAUCCUGUCUCAACCUUCCUUACAAUGCAUCACUGCAGUAAGCCCAGGGAAGCUGUGCCUGAAGACCAGAAGUUUGUCUUCAGAGAGGAUGGCACUUUCUACCACAUUCAGACUCAGCAGUGUGUUGAGGCAGUGCACCGGACUGACACCGGCAGCCCUGGCCCCGCUCUCCGUCCCUGCUCAGACUCUGCCUCCCAGAAGUGGAUCUUUGAAGAGAGAACAUAGCUGCACUUUUUUAAAGGGCAUUUAAUAUGGGCAGAUCUGACUUCACACCAGUUUACUGACCAUUCCACUGUCUUUCUUCUUUGAUUUUAUAGUGCCUUCCUGGUAUAUGACAACACAGGCUGUAUAGAUAACACGAACAUAGAGUAUAUUGCAGUAAAUUGAAAGAAGAGUUCACUCAAAAAUGAAAAUUCUGUCAACAUAUACGAGGAUCAAAACCCAUAUUUUUCUUACGUGAAAAAGGAGGUCCUUGGCAGAAUGACAGCCUCAGUGACAAUUUACUUUUUUUGUAUGAAAGAAAGUUGGUUUUUAGUGCAUUGAAAUUCCUCUCUUAGUCAUUUUUUUAUGUGUCAUGGUGGUCGUCGUCUUUACAUUUUAGGAACACUGUAUUUUUACAGCUUAUUGUAACUUCUAAGUCUUUCUCUAUUCCGACAGACAAUCACUAUCAUUUCACAAGCUUUGAGUUAUUUUAAUCACUCAGUGCUGCCAGCUCCAUCUACUGGUUUCUUACUCCUCCCUCCUAUUCCUGUAGCUUCUAUUUAUAAUUUUUCGCUUGACUAUAUCUAUUUUUUCUUAAGUGACUAUUAUAUUUCAAGAACUCGUCCUUUAUGAUCUGGUUUCUGAUCCAAGUCUCAACACUUGCACUAGGCGCCUCUUGGCAGACUCUUGUAUGCAUUUUUAUGCCAUUUUUGAGUAUUGAGGUUAGGCUCAGAUAAACAGCGACGCUGUCACUGGCAUUCUCUCUACGACCACUAGAUGGUACCAAGUCCUCCAUUUUACUCAAUGUCCUGCGGUGUCCUCCAUCAGCUCAUAUUUACAUGGCUGUAAUUUCAGGAGCUCACAGUGCAGUGAUUCAGAUGCUGGUUUCAGGUUUUCAUACCUAAUUAGAGCUGAAAAAGAGAACAAUGAUUGUUCCUGAUAUAUAAAAGUAGCCUAACUCUUGUAGUCAUGUAUUCUCAAUCAUUGAGGGGAAAAAAGGAGAGAAGUUGAGAUUGUGGUUGCCAAAUUGCUGUAAUUUCACUUUAUAUUCUCCUUUAAUUACAGUGAAGCAAUGCUGAAUAUUCAGUUAGGAGUAUGGGAAUAUAAACCUCUUUUGGACUAAUGUCAUUAAUCAUAAAUUUGUUUGAUUAACUUAUCUCAUUUAUUUAUUACUGCAGUAAUUGCUGGAGUCCUUAUGCAUUGAAGAACAGCUAGUAGAUUUUUAGUUCUUGAUUUUUGUUUACUACAAUGUUUUAAGUGCCUUUUCGUGUGUCUCCUGAAGUAUAAGAGGGCCGUUUGCUUGUUGACCUUUUGUUUUGAUGAGGUUUAUGUAUAGUUUGUUUGUUAUAACUUUUGCUAAACAUAUUAACAUGGACCUGUAAGUUGAUGGGAACACUGAACAUUGACUUUGGGCAAAUUUGUUUACUAUUUCCUUUGAUCAACGUGAUUUCUAUGAGAGCUUGUGACAUGGACUUAAUACUGAACAGAUAUUUCUAUCAGGAAGACUCUCAGACUUGAGUGAAAUUUAAGAUGACAUUUAUUUGAUGAAUAUAAAACAGAAAUGUAAUGUCUCUCUUUGGCGUAAGCCCCGUGUGGCGGUCCGAAGAAGUUGUACUCGGAACGUCAUAUCCUGCCGGAGAUAGGAGGCAGGGCGAGGAGCCUACCCCCGUGCAGGACGGGACUCAACUUGUGGUGGUGGGGUGGUGGAGGUUGCCGUGUUAGCACACCGAAACAGCAAUGUGAUAGAUUGUGAGCAGACUUAUAAAGCAAUGGCUUAAUGUGAUUGGCUAGGAGUUACCUAGCUAAUGGUGCGAUGAUGUACAGCUGCUAGUCUUCCUGCUAGAACUACGCUGCACUUACAUUUCCAGGGCCUCCACAGAUUAGCAAAUGAUUCCUUGAUUAUCUUCAGAUUUAAAUGGGAACCAAUUGUGUUUGCACUGGUAAGGCUUGUCCUAGUUAGUCAAAGCCUAAAAUUGACUGUCAGUGGAUUGGCUUAAAAGGUCAGAUCAAAUGACAACAGCGAUGAUCUUCCAUAUGGAUGGCCAAGAGUCCCAUUGAGACCAUUGUGUUGCACUUAACAUUAUGAUCAAUAAUUUGGUAAUUUCAUUGUGACCUGCUUGAAAUGGAAGUAUAAAACACAAACUUUAUUAUUUUUUAAUGCUUUUUGAUCUUCAAAAACACCCAGUGUUCACCCAUAGUAGUCACAAUGCCCAAAGGAAAUAAAUGGCCAAAAGCAUUGUGUGGUGUUGGUCAUACUGACGGUGAUUUUGCACUUUUCUGCGAUACAUAAAUGGUUUAAUGGUGUUUUUUUAUUGUUUGUUUUUCUUAAAUCCAUAUCUGUGCUGGAAGGAAAUUCAGGUAACUUUAUGCUGUUAUACAAGUGACCUUAACAUAUCAGAAAUGAAGGAAAGGAUUUUUUUUUUUUUUUUUUGUAAAUGGAUUAAUUAUAUACAGUACUGUGCAAAAUUUUUAGGCAUUUGUGAAAAAUGUUGCAUUGUGUGGAUGUCUUCAAAAAUAAUGCCAUAAAUAGUUUUCAUUUAUCAAUUAACAUCAUACAAAGUCUAGUAAACAUAAAACAAGCCAAAUCUAUAUUUGGUGUGAACACCUUUGCUUUCAAAACAGCACCAAUUAUCAUAGGCACACUUGGACACAGUUUUCCUUGGUUGUUGGCAGAUAGGAUGUUCCAUACUUCUUGGAGAAUUUGCCACAGUUCUUCUAUCUAUUUAGGAUGUCUCAAUUGAUUCUGUCUCUUUAUGUAAUCUCAGACUGACACGAUGUUUAGUGGGGGGCUCUGUUGGGGUCAUGCCAUCUGUUGCAGGGUUCCCUGUUCUUCUUUUCUGUUCCAUUAUAUUUGCAAAAUGAAUGUUUGGGAGUCUAAAAUUUACAUUUCCUAUUGACACACUACAGCUAAAGAUAUAAAUAACCAUCUUAAGACAAAUGUUUUUGUGAAACAUCUUAUGUGCCUAAGACUUUUGCACAGUACUGUAUGUUUAAUAAAAUAUGUUUUAUAACUUA